UGAACAGUUGAAAUUUAGUAAAUCAAAAUGGAGACCACUGAUCCUUAUCUUGGACAAGUAAUGAAUACGACAAGUAAUUUGAUUGACACAGAAAAUCAGAGUAACAAAACAUUUUACAUGAUGACCAGUGAAGAACAAAUAAGUCACCAAAUAGCCGCCAUUUUUAACAGUUACGUCUUGCCUACAGAAAUUUUCGUCGGGCUGGUCGCAAAUGUUGUCUCGAUUUUGAUCUUCUUCGGAAAAGAAUUAAGAAAAAUGUCUUCAAGUGUUUAUGUUCUUGCUGUAUUGUUUGCAGAUACUGGAUUUCUGUUAUCUUUAAUAUUCGUAUGGCUGGAAGUUCUUGGCUAUAGAAUCAACCACAUGUCUGGAAUGUGCCAGUUUUGGGUUUACUGGACUUACGUGUGUAGCUACCUGUCUGUCUGGUACAUGGUGUGCAUUACGGUGGAGAACUAUAUUACGAUUUGUCAUCCGACCAGAAUAAAAGACAUGUGUACGCCAAAACGUGCGCGCAUCGUAACCGUAGCACUUGCAGUAGGGCCAGCUCUCCUGUACAGUGUUAGUUUGUUCAGCACGGACGCACUUUACCAUCCAGGAACCAAACAAGACGUGUGCAACAGCAAGCCAGAGUUCGCUCUAAUGAAUGGCAUAGUUGCUUAUAUCGACUCCAUUUUAACUCUGCUGGUUCCUUCCCUUGCCAUGACUCUGUUGCUUAUAGCCAUAGUUAUCGCCAUUGUUCAUUCUAUCCGCAUUAAAAGAAAACGACUUUUAAAGGGUUCGAAGAAGCAGAAGAACAAAAUGGUGAAAUGUCCACAGGUUCGCGUGGCUAAAAUGUUAUUUGCCCUGUCAGUGACCUAUUUGAUAUUGAACCUGCCUAUACACGUUAUUAGAUUAUAUUAUUUGUUGCGACCUUCACAGUAUAACGAAGCCCAUUCUAUGAGCAAACAUGAAGGCAUGAUACAAUUGGUAUUCCUGCAUUUGUCCUAUAUUAGCUGCUCUAUCAAGUUUUUCUUACUAUGUGCUUUUAGUGCCAACUUUAGAAAACGUAUCAGAGAAUGCUUAAGCUGUUUUCCGUAUUCACCGGUUUCUAACGGAUUCGCAACGAAUGUUUAAAUGAUGAUGACAAAGGGGUGUUUACGGUGUUUACUCGUCUAUAUGUUAUUCUAAACUCCUGAUCACCAGUAGUUUUUUUGUGGUUGUCGUCAUGGUUCACUAGAUACAAUAUUGUCCUGCAAAAGACUGCAUCAUUCGAGAAUAGCAUUUGAAAGGCAAUAGAAUAAUACGAUUUUUGUGUUAAUUAUCUCAUACAGAAAACAGACACUAAGCCUUUUUGUACUCAGUUAUUAUGCACCGAGAUUUGCAUGUCAAACUAAAUCCCCUCGGGCAUAAAAUGGGCGUGAUCUGAAGAUUAAAAUGUUCAUCGAAUAUAGUUUGUUGAAAAUGUCGGUCAAUUAUGUUUAAAGGAUCUUCGCCUCUUCAGUUAAGGUUAAAAUUUGUUACAACAAAUUGGUACCAGCUUUAUGCGUUAAAAUAUUUGUGACGAGACAUUUAGCGAA